AUGAAAGCGAAACUGUUAGAAAGGAAUACACCGGAGAACUUCAUUCAAUUUGCUUCUUUGUUAUUGACUACAAGAUCAGGGUCUGAGGUUAAUAUCUACAAAGCUGUUGAAAUCACGUUAUGUUCGAUCAAUCUUCUUACCGGACUUACAAUCAUUCUUCGAAGUGCUACAAAAAUUACUCAUAAAGCUCAAGCAAUCACCUGUCUUGCAGCCAAAUGGCACGUUUGUUCCACUAUAGAUUCAUAUGAAAAUGUCGAAUCAGAGACUCCAGUAGCAAUCAUUAAUCAUAAUCCUUCAUUCUCAAGAGGGUCAUCUGAAGACGAUGGAGAGGAAUUUGACGAAGAUGAUCUUGACAAUACAAAGAUGAUCCCAGCUUAUGCUCGAAGCACAAUCUCCUUCCAAAAACGUCAAGCCUUAGUGACGUAUUUCGAUAAGAACAGAGCUGGAAUAUCAUUGUAUGGAUUCGUGUUGGAUCGAGGAUAUCUUCACACCAUUUUUGGUAUAGAGUUUUCACUUGUACUUUGGUUGCUUGGAAAGACCAUUGCUAGUGUUUAAAAUGUGGAGUAAAAUGGAAUAAGGGAGUUCAACUAAUAUAGCCCAUCAUUAAUUAAUGCUUUUCAAUUUUUUUAAGUAUAUUAAUU